UUCCCGCCAUGUCGGACUUGCGGACGCAGGAUGCCGCGUCGGGCUCCAGUUCGGGAAGCCGCAGGAGGACGUGGGCCGAGCUGCUGGCGGGACGGGUCGAGAGGCAGCUGCGCGGCCCCGGGAGGGGGCACAGGCUGCAGGACUCGGCCGUGCACCUCCUGAGACGCCACCUGAACCUGGACGACCUUCUGCUUGAGGUAGAAGGUCCAGCAUGUAAAACACUGUGUCUCAAUCAGUUGGUUGAUCGUGAGGCCUCUGCUAAUCUUUCUAGUUCAUUCAUAGGCUCUGCUUUACGAGAUCAAGCCUCGAGACUGGGUGUCCCAGUGGCCGUGCUGUCCAGCCAGACAGUUGCCUCCAGCAUCAUGCAGAUCUGUAGUUCUAAUGGUGAACCCACCCACAGGGUCCUGCUGAACGCAGAGCAAAGGAAGAAACUGUCUUCUGUGCUGGAGGUGGCUCAGUAUUUAUUAGCACAUAGUAUGUUCUCUCGUUUCUCCUUCUGUCAAGAACUACGGGAAGUACAGAAUUUUUUGUUGCUUGAAGCUGUGUGGCAUCUUCAUGUACAAAACAUUGUGAGCCUCCAGGAGCUGUUGGAAAGUCAUGCUGACACACAGGCCAUAGUGACGUGGCUCUUCAGGGACCUGUGCCUUCUGUGUGAGCAGAUGGAAGUGUCCACUCAGCACACGGACAUCGCCCAGGCUAUGCUUUCUGAUUUUGUGCAAUUGUUUGUUUUGAGAGGAUUUCAGAAAAUCUCAGAUCCAAGAAGAAACAUGGAGCCUGAACGGAUGGCACAGCUCGCCGUUGCGGUGCUUCGGAGGAUGCUGAUCUUUGCUCUCGAGGCUUUGGCCACUGGCUUGCAGGACGAAUCCCCAGUGUACAAGGCAGUGAAGUGCUGGUUUGGCAUGUUUUGUGGACACACGUUUGGCAGAAUGAUAUCAACAGAUUGUCCAAAGAGAUUCUUCAGUCAUACUCUGACUCAGGUGCUAACCCAUAAGCCUGUGCUGAAAGUUUCUGAUGCUGUUCGAUUGCAGAGAGAUUGGAGCUUUGCAAAGACACACCCUCUGCUCAGCAGUCUGUACCGCAGGCUCUUUGUGAUGCUUAGUCCAGAGGAAUUGAUUGGCCACUUAGAAGAAGUUCUGGGAACACAUGAAGUGAACUGGCAGCACGUACUCUCCUGUGUGUCUACGCUGGUGAUCUGCUCACCUGAAGCACAGCAGUUGGUUCAAGAUUGGGUCACUCGAUUAUUGGCCCGUGCUUUCGAGAGCUGCGACCUGGACAGCAUGGUCACUGCGUUCCUGGUUGUGCGUCAGGCUGCGCUGGAGGGCCCCUCUGUGUUCCCAUCCUAUGCAGACUGGUUCCAGGCCUCUUUUGGGAGCACAAGGGGCUUCCACAGUGGCAGCAAGAAGACACUGGUCUUUCUCUUCAAGUUCCUGUCAGACCUCGUGCCCUUUGAGGCUCCAAGGUACAUGCAGGUGCACAUUCUCUACCCCCCGCUGGUGCCGAGCAAGUACCGCUCUCUCCUCACAGACUAUGUCACACUGGCUAAGACGCGCCUGGCUGACCUGAAGGUUUCAGUGGAAAACAUGGGCCUCUACGAAGAUCUGUCUUCAGCCAAGGACGUCAGAGAGCCCCACAGCCAAGCUCACCAGGAUGUGGAGAAGGCCAUCGCAGUGUUCGAACACACGGGGAAAGUCCCUGUUGCCGUCAUGGAGGCCAGUAUCUUCAGGAGACCCUACUACAUGUCGCACUUUCUCCCUGCCCUGCUCACACCUCGAGUGCUCCCAAGAACCCCUGACUCCAGAGCGGCCUUGAUAGAGUCCCUGAGGAGAGCAGAUAAAAUACCCCCAUCUCUGUACUCUACCUACUGCCAAGCCUGCUCCAGUGCCGCAGAGAAGAAGCCGGAAAAUGCUGCCCUGGGAACAAAGACGGAAGCCAUCUGUGUAGAACCCCUGGGACUGCUUGCAGCUGCGCUAAGAGAGCUCAGAACCACGAUGACAGACCCCACCCAGUAUGAUGUUUUUUCUGCUCAGAUGGCGGUGGUUUCUGAGCGGCUCAGCUCCGCCCUGGGCCUGGGUGAGGAGGAUGGCAGCUUUGAGGAAUCACAGGUUCAGCUCAAUAUCUUCUCUCCAGAAUUGGAGCCGCAGGACCAGCAGGUCGUGGAUCUCCUGUUGACAUCUUUUUGUCAGAACCUGAUUGCAGCCUCUGGCUUCGCCCCUCCAGACAGGCAGGGCCCCUGGGCUGCUCACUUCGUGACAAGCCUGUGUGGACACCGGCUUCUACCCAUUGUGCUCACCAGGCUUUGCCAGCUGCUCCGUCACCAGGGCCCAAGCCUGAGUGCCUCCCACGUGCUGGGCCUGGCUGCCCUGGUCAUCCACCUGGGCGAGCGCAGGCCUGCAGUCCCUGAGGUGCACGUGGCUUCUCCCGCCCCCGUGAAGAGCCUCCCCCUUCCAGAGUUCUUGAGUAGCCUCCUGACACUUAGGACCACAGAAGCCUCACUCUUCUGCCUCAAAUUUUGUACAGCAGCAAUUUCUUACUCUUUAUGUAAGUCUUCUUCCCAGUCAAAAGAUAUUUUGUGCAGCUGCUUAUCUCCAGCCCUCAUGAAAAAGUUUCAGUUCAUUUUAUUCAGACUGCUGUCAGAAGCCCGAGGACCCCUGUCUCAGGAGGACACAGCCGGCCCUCCGUGGAAGCUCUUGUGCCUGCCCUCUGCAGACUGGCAGAGAGCCGCCCUCUGUCUGUGGAAACAGAGAACCUUCCAGGAACUGUUGCAGGAGAAAGAAUUUCACUUAACUUACAGAGACUGGUUACAGCUGGAACUAGAAAUUCAACCUGAGUUUGAUUCUCUUUCAGAUAUGGAAAGGUGGGACUUCCACCAGUGGGCAAUCCAUGAGCACUUCCUCCUCAAGCCCUCCGAGGCUGGGGGCUGCGAUGGGGACAUGCAGACAGCGUGCACAGUUCUUGUCGACGUGCUGAUAGACUUCUGCCAAAGUUUGAGGAGUUACAACUGCUUGGAGAAUUCUGAUUUGGUUCUCAGCUGCACAGGAAAUCGGGAUAUUUUUUCCAGGUUGCAGGAGAUGGCUGCUGACCUGGAGCAGGGCCCAGUAGCACCCCAGAGGUGCUCUCCUUCUGAGGGGCACUUCCUUUUCAGAGUUUUCCGCAGACGGCUCCAGGGCCUGGCCAGCGGGUGGGAUGUGGCUGCCCGCCUUCAGAGACAGCAGGAGCUGCUUGUGUACAGAUGGAUCCUCCUCGGUCUGCCCCCAUCUAUUCUCGUCGGCAGCCCCCAGUGCAAACAGCCGGCCACCCCUGACUGCACUGAAUUCUUCCACUUGGUCAACUCUGAGCUGAGAAACUUCUGCUGCCAUGGAAGUGCCCUGACCCAUGACAUCACUGUCCACUUCUUCAGGGGGCUCCUCAACACCUGUUCACAAAGCAGAGACCCCUCCCUGGCAGCCAACCUGAUCCUGACCACAUGCCAGACUGAGUGCCCCAUAGUUGUGACCUCUGCUCUGUUAUGGUGGCCACGCCUGGAGCCUGAACUUCGUACCCGGUGGAGGAGAUGCUUCCAGGGUCCACUGCCCCAAGAGCUGCAGAGGCUGUGGGAGGCCCAGCUGUUUGGCAAGAGCUGCCUCUCCUCUGACUUGGUAUCCCCGCCGCCUGGCCCAGCCUGGGUCUCUGCUGCUGCACUACACUUUGCCAUCCAGCAAGCCGAGGAAAGCAGCAUCAAGAGCCAGCUGGAGAAGCUCAACUGCCAAAGCGAGGAGCUGCUGGUUGUCCUGUUUUUCUUUUCCUUAAUGGGCCUGCUUUCAUCACAUCUCACCCCACAUGCUGUUGACUCCCUGAAGGCUGUGGACAUCUGUGCUGAGAUCCUGAGGUGCUUGGACAAGAGGAAGGUCUCCUGGCUGGUGCUCUUUAAGUUGUCAGACACUGAUGGUGGUAUGGGGCAAGUCCUCCUCCGCCUGGCCCCAGAUCCAUACGUCAGGCUGCUACCAUUUGCCUUCUACAGCCUUCUCUCCUACUUUGAUGAAGACGCCUUCAUCAGGGAAGAUGCCUUCCUGCACGUUGCUGUCGACAUGUACCUAAAGCUGAUCUGUCUCUUCGUGACUGGGGAGACAAGUGCGGUCUCAGCUCUAGCUGGCAGGAGCCAGGAGCUCCAGGGCCAGGGUGACCCUGUAGGCUUGAUAAUAAAAGCUCGUCACUUUCUGCUGCAAUCAAUACCCAAGUGCCCAGAAAAGAGCUUUGCAAACAUGGCAGAGGUAACACCCAGAUCCUCAGUUGCAUGUGUACUUUUAAGUCCAAAUCACUGUUUAAACAUUAAGAGUGCUGAAGACACUUGCAUUGUGGCCACUCACCUGCAGGGCCAUGGUUGCCAGCUUCUCUGCUGGCCCUGGGUGUCUGGGGGCCGCACUAGGCUGAGCACAGUUAUUUUCUUGCAGCUGCUGGCCACUAGUGGACAUUGUGACCCAGAGGUGAGUGCAGCCCUCCUGAGCAGACAUCAAGCAGUAUCCGACGACGACCUCUACCAGGAGCCCCAUCUCUUCUGACUGGACC